AUGGCACCCUCCAGAGCUGGGGGCAGACGUCCCUCGGACGGCACCAACGGGAGGGACAACCGGCGACACCAGCAGAACCAUUACCAGCCCAGAGACGAACCGCCACAGCCUCCUCCGCCUCCCGCGCCCGUGAGAGCCGGCCCUCAUCCCGGCUACAUCACCAGCUCGAACCAGUACACCUGCGAGCGCAAGAUCAGGCACCUCCUCAAGGAGAACGGCUGCGACCCCGCCCGGGAGGAUAACUACCGACUACAGGGUGUCCAACUCAUCGACAAUGUGAGGGAGCAUCUGCAGCUACCGGUUCGGACGUUUGACACUGCAUGCGUGUACUUCCACAAGUUCAGACUCAACUUUAGAGACGCUGAGUACAACUACCAAGACGCCGCGCUGGCCUCGCUCUUCGUGGCCUGCAAGGUCGAGGACACCAUCAAGAAGUCGAGGGAGAUCCUCGCCGCGGCAUACAAUAUCAAGAACCCAGACAAGCCCGCUGCCGCAGACGACAAGGUCUUCGAAGCUUCCUCCAGGAUCAUCAUCGGCCUCGAGCGCCUCAUCCUCGAAACGAUAGGCUUCGACUUCCGCACCCGCCACCCCCAGAAGCUCCUCGUCAAAUGCACCCGCUCCAUCCUGGGCCGCGACUCCCCCUCCGCCCGCGACUUCUUCUCGACCGCCUACUCCAUGAGCAUCGACCUCUACAAGACCUUCGCCCCCAUCAAGCGCACCACCUUCUCCAUGGUCAUGGCCGUCAUCGAGCUCACGGCCCGCGCCAUCGACAUCAGCAACACCGACGACCCAGACCGUCCCCAGCUCCUCCCCCAGGUCCGCCGCUUCUCCGACCUCAAGCCAGACUACUGCCGCCCCGCCGUCCUCGAGACCAUGCUCGACCUCCUCGACCUCUACGUCCAGCACCCCAAGUCCACCAAGCUCGGCCCCCGCUUCGACAUGAACCACUUCAUGGACAUCAAGAUCCUCCUCAACAACGACCUCGACCACGCCUCCCUCCCCCGCUUCCUCUACUCCUGCCCCGAGUGCGAGUCCUCCCCCUUCUCCGCCACCUCCCCCGACCAGCACUCCCCCGCACAGCACCAGCCACCGCCCCCCAACACCACCAGCAACCUCCUCCUGUCCUCGGAUCACGCCGCCACCCCCAACCCCCUCGGCACCGGUCCCCGCCCCGUCCGCGGCGACGGCUCGACCAUGCGCUUCGUCUUCAACCCCGAGGCCGCCCGCUCCGAGCAGCGCACCGUCGACGACUUCUUCCGCGAGGAGUGGGAGGAGCACGAGGUCGAGGUCGAUGAGCCCAUCCCCCCGCCUCCUCACGUGCCCCGGAACAACCGAGACGAUGGAGGCAACGAGAGAGAAAGAGGUGGUGGUGGUGGCAGGAGGAGAUAUCAGGGCGGGCACCAUAAUCGGGAU